AUGGAGUAUAACCAAAAAGGAGAAGAAGAACGACGCAAGGAAAACCCAAUCGUUCCGGUUCUCAGUGUGAGGAGAUCUGCCAGACUGUCUGAGAAACGAUUGUGUGAGUCGAUUCAGAAGAAGGAUUCAAGAAGAAUAGAAGCCGUUCAAAUUGCAGUCUUGUCUGAAGAAGAACCUGAGGAUUUGGAGAAGGAGAAAUCAAUAGAAGGUUCUGAGAUCUCCGUCAGCAAAGAAAACGAAGUAACUGAACCUGUGGUUUCUGGUGAGAUUUUCAUCAACGACAACAGAAACACUGAUACUCGUCAUACAGAGGAGAGCUCUGUGGUGAAUUCAAGCGACACCAAUUCUCAAGAUGGUGAAGAAGUGGAUGGAUCUGUUUCUGAACCUGUGAUUUCUGGUGAGAUUUUCAUCAUCAACAACAAAACUGAGAGUUGUAAUACAGAGAAGGGUUGUGUGGUGGAUUCAAGGGACACCAAUCCUCUAAAUGUUGAAGAAGCGGAUCAAUCUGUUACUGGUGAUGUUGUUUCUGAUACUGAACCUGUUUCUGCAGAAUUUCAGGAAAGUGGGUCUCUGACAACUGAGGAGGAGAAGGAACUUCAUGGGCUGUCUGAACCAGUGUCAAUGGAGGAUCAAGAUGGUGCUGAUGCCCUUGUUCCGGAAUCAUUGUCUCCUGAAAAAAUCUGCUACUCAGAAAGCAAGGAAUCCAUUGCAGAGACUUCAUUGCGAAAGGCAAGCAACAUUUCACCAAACAAGGAGUCAAUUGUUGGAGAUUUAAUUGGAAACGAGAAGCAGGGGAUGGAUAAGUGCAAGGUUGAUGAAGACUCUGAAGAUGAUGACGAUGAAGACCCAAUGUUUGUUCUUCAAAACAUGGAAACCAAAGAAUCUGAUGAGGGUCUUGCCGAGGAUGAAAGUGGUGAGGUCCCUGAUGAGUUCGUGUCUGAAUUGGAAGAUAUUUCUUCUCUAACACUUGAAAAAACCAGUGAACUGCAAUCUUUAGAGACAAGAUGUUUGGGUCUUUGUCCCACUGAGAAACCAGAAAUGGUGGAUGAAGGUGUUGAGUUGAAAAACAACACUGAUAAACUUGCUGGCGAAGAACCAGUCUCUCAAUCUGAAGUUGAAGAUUUUGUAUCUGAUCAAGUACAGAAAUGUGAUCUAGUCCUUGAGAUGAAUAAUGGAACUUGUUUGUUCCCCUGCGACAGUGAUGAUAUAUUGUUGGGUAUGUUAAACUGUGUAACUGACCAGUUGGAGAAAUGUGAUGCCGUUCCAGAGCUGGAGAAUGCAGCGAAACCAUUGCUUACUGAAGCUCUAGUGGAUGAAAAAUGUUCAGGAAAGGAGAGUUCUCCCAUUGAUGAAACUGAGGUAGGUGAUUGUGUUGCAGCAUUGAAGGCAGGAAAUGUGGAUUCUUCUACUUGUUCUGAUGGAGUGGAACAGAAGUUGGCUGGUCAAGAUGCAGUGGCAGAUGAUAAUUCCAUUGAUGGAUUUGGGACAUGUGAUCAUCAUGUUGCAAGGCCGGACACUCAAAUUAAUGAAGGAAGUGAUUUGGUCGAAAACUUUAUGGAUUCAUCUUCUUCUACUGAGGGAGGGGAGGAAUUUGAGUCUAGUGAAGCAUCAGUUUUUAAUACUGUUGAGCUUUUCUCAGGUUUAGUUUUGACCGACUUUCACUCUGAAAAUAGGAACUCUGCCAUCAGUGCAUCUGAGAAAUGUGAUCAGACUAAUGUGCCUGGUACAGUGGUGGCAGGACAAGAUGCUGCGGCUUCUUCGGUUUGCUCUGAGGGAGAGGAAGUUUUCAAUGGUCAAUCUCCUACACUCUUAUCUUCCAUAGCAGCUCAUGUUACAGGGGAAGAUGACACUGCCACUGCUGCCAUUGAUGUGAUCUAUGAGAUCCCAAUGCCCAAUGAGGAGAACAAAUCAGGCAAUGAUGACAAUAUCACCUCUGUUUUGCAUGUUAAAGAUAAGAUUUCUCUACAAUCAUCUGCCAUCAAUCCAAUUACAACCCCUACGAAAUCACUGAAGAAUCAGACGCCAGGGAAAUCAGCCAGCAAGAGACAGAUGCCAAUUCGGAUCACGGUCUUUGGGGACAACAAAGAGAAUAACCAGAAUGUGGCCAGCUCACACAAGGAACACGAGGAUAUGAGUAAGAUAAAACUGGCCAGCUCACAGAAGGAAUACCAGGAUAUGAGUAUGAUAAAAAUGAUAAAGUUGAUCAAAGAAAAGGAACAGCAGUUGGAAAAUAAAAGAACAGCUUUGCAGUCUCUCAAGGAGAAUUAA